GGGACAGGGAAGGACAGAGACGGAGCCAAAGAGAGGAGGAUGAAGGAGGGCGAGUCUGCAGGAGCUCGGACCAGCACCUGACACGACCCCAACCAAGACCCAGGACCCAGAUCUGGACCAGGACCAGGACCAGGACCGGAGCCUCCACAGGUGUCUUGACCAACCAUGAGCGACUCCAGACCUCCUCAGCAGAACGUCAAGCCCAAACUUCCCAGCAACAGCACCGGCAGCACCCACCACAACCACCAGAGGGACGAGCCGAACGGGAAGGAGAAACCUAAAGUCCGCCGCUCGCGUAGCAUCGAUUCCAUUCGCGAUCGCGGCCGAAGACGAGACCGCAAUCCCCAUGGCGAGAGGAGACGGCGAGGACGCAGCGAGGAGGCGAGGAGACGAGACACGAAGAAGGGCGAAAUGGAAAAGAGGAGGAAGUACGUCCAAAACGACAUAGACGAAACGGAGUGCGCCAUUUGCUUUUGCUCGUACGACAAUAUUUUUAAAACUCCAAAAGUUCUAUCUUGUGGACAUACUUUUUGCUUGGAGUGUUUGGCGCGAAUUAACGUCACGUCGGUGGAACUCAAAAGUUUACCGUGUCCAGUUUGCAGAGAAAUCACCCAAAUCCCGCACGGACAAGAUCUACCACGCCUCGGCACCAACGAGGACAUCCUCCACAAGCUGCCCCCGCAAAUGCAGCGAAUCCUGUCCAUCCGCUUCAAACGCAGCAAGGGCAAGCUGAUGCUGAAGACGCAGCACCAAGCUCACCAGCAGGGGGCGCCGGCGAGUCCCGUCAAACCCAAGUCCAGCCCAGUGGUCCCGGUAGCAGACGCUGUGGAUUUGGAGCAGGGCGCGGAGCCGAGGACGGUGGUGGACGUGGGGCGACCGCCGAGCAGGGUGCGCGGCAGGCUCAGGAGGCUGUUUCGGUCGGAUCGCUGUUACUACGGGGUCGUCGUGACGAUUAUAACCAUCACGGUGAUUCUGAUGCUCAUCGGGAUCCUGGCGUUCGCUAUUAUCCCAAACGUGCAGAGACGGCCGUUCAAUUACCCCGGCAACUACACCUCCUCAGAAGACGAUUCACCAUGAAGGACUGGACUGCUUUAUAUAAGGGAACACUUUCAGGCGCGCUGUGUCCGCCACCUGUUUGUCUCUGCCUGGAAUGUUCCACAGUAUGGCAUUAUAUUUCUCUACCUAGCAUUUUUACUUAGUUACAAACAUUUUCCUUUGCCCAAAAAUACUUUUAAAAACUUGGGCGGUCACCUCUCCACUAGGGCUGAUCGAUUAUGGAGAAAAUCAUUAUCACGAUUAUUUUGGUCAAUUUUGAAAUCACGAUUAUUCAAACGAUUAUUUUUUAAUUACAGGAUGCAUUUAUUCAGCAUUUUUCUCUUUCUCUCUCAGGAGAAAAAAAAAAAAUUAAAAUCUAAACACUUUAUUAUUGAUAAUUUAAGCAAAACUUUCAAAUUGAAAAUAAAUGCAGGCUACAAAUAUGAACCUUAGAGCAGUUUUGUGAUAUAUAAAACAUAAAAUGAAUCAAAUAUACUUUGAAUAAACAUGAACAUGAUAUAAGACAAAGAAAAACAUAUCUCUAUAUGUAAAAAUAAAUAAAUAAAUAUACUUAACAAAAUAAACUCUGUUAAACUAAAUUGUUUCAACUCGAUUAUAUGAGUUUAAAGAACAACUGACACACAAAUCAAAAUCUCAAUCAAAAUUCGAUUAAUUUCACAGCCUUACUCUCCACAGAUCUGACUUGUAACUUGGCCUGGUGGCUGUUGCCAUACUGUGGGACAUUUGGCAAAAAGAGACAUCUCCAUAGAAACCAGCAGGUGACCAACACUCCACCAGAAAUGCUGCACAGUGUAGCUUUAAAGCUUUAAGUAUAACAACUGUUAUUUACUAUCUUCCACAUGGGCCCUUCACUGUGGGUCCCUACAAACCAAAGACGUCGAUGUUAGGGUGCUGUUUCCACGGUUACGAGAUUGGCUUGUAUUGGCUUGUUUUGAAUAUUCUGGGGCUUUUCUGCGCCACCUCUUCCUGUGUUUGAGGACUCUGUUUUUUCCCAUUAACACAAAACAUAAACAAUAGGAGGAUAGGUCAAUCCUCCAGCUAAGGUUGUCCUGACCAAGACGAGCUCAAGAUCUGAGACGCAUUAAGCCAAUUUGACUUUUCUCAGCUUGUACUCAUGUUGUUCCUUCCUCCAAAACAUGGCUGGAGUUGUAUUUUACUUCAUUCGUAUGUCGGAUGAAUUAGAAUUGAUUUUUUUGGAGGAUAAGCCCCUUGAGAAGUUUCGCCAUCUCGUUUUCGAGGGUUCCUCAUAGUCACAACAACUGAAGACAGACACAGCAGGACCGACAAUAGGCUACAUACAUUCAGAAAAGAAGAAAAACAAAACAAAAUCAACAGCCCAAAGUCCAAUUUUAACACAAAUUAAGACAAAGUUCAAAUAUAGUCACAAAAUACAACAAGAUAAACAACAAAAUUUAACAAGAUGAUCAACAAAAUUCAACAAGAUGAUCAAAAACAAUUACCCAGGUUCUGUAAAUCUUGCACCAGAGAAUUUUUAAAUGAAAGGACAGAAGGUAAUACACCAAUCAAAUGGAGCAUUUAUAAAAAAUAUCUGAUCUGGAGUAAACUGUAAGAGCAUCAAAAUGAAAUUAAAUACUGCUUGAGAUAUUCAAGAUAACUGAGACGAAAAAGGUAAAUAAUAACCAGUGAAGUUGACGUUAGUUGACAGAGUUGAGUGAUGAAUCUUGUUUGAAAUUUCCCAGUAUUGUUGCGUCAGAGGUAGAAACUUUGUGCACAUUUUAAGGCGUUAAUGGAGCACUUCCUGUAUUACCACAUAACAUCGCAAGCUGUGUGUUUUCUGUUUGAGAGAAGAACUCAGCCUAAAUGUGCAGGGUUUGUGUGUUAAAAGUGUGAAUGAAACAAAGCACAACUCCAGGUCAGUUUGCGAUGAGGAAACUACAUUAGAACAUAGAUCAGAAACUAGAGUUAUAUAAGGGCCCAAUAGAUAAACAAAUCAUGCAUUAUAUUAAAACGACCCCCAUUCGAAUUUUGAACUUCUCCAUUUUACUGAAUUUGCAUCGUCAUAGUGAUCGUGAUGAUAAAACUACCUCUUCAGCAUUUCCAGAGUCUGUCCGGGGCCAGGUUUCAUGCGGGAAUGAAAAGCCAAGCCAAUACAGUGUCUCGUUUCCAUGGACAGGUUUGAGGUUCCUUUGUCUAAUUUAGUGCCAAAUGUGCCAAAUGUUCCUCAGUGACACUUUUAAAAAAAUUUUUUCGAGGAGACAUAUUGUGCAAAAUCGACUUUAUCGAGCUUUUAACCAUGUUCUUUGGGAUUUGUGCAUGUUUGAGUCAUAUUUUUUCUCCUGUAUUCAAGACGUCAUUGCUCCGAUUUACCCGUUUCCCCCUACCACCCAGACACGCCCACUGUGACGUACUAACUUACUAACUAAAUGAAAAAAGCUAUUCCUAGUGUGAUGUCCAGCAGUCUGUAGUUGUGAUCAUGUUUAUUCUAAAAUACCAUAAAGGGGCAGGUGGAAAUCAUCUCCUCUUCUUUUAUUACGUAAUGGGCUCUAUUCACGCUUACGUCACAAAACCAGAAGACGUUUGGAAACAUGUGGAUGACGACUUCCUUUGGGCUCUGUAAAUAGAGAAAAUGACCCAGUUUUCUUCAUCUAGAUGUCAUUGAAUUCUUUUUUUCUUUUAUAAAUUGCCUCUUCAUUUGUGUAUUAUAAUUUGUCUAACUUAAUUUAAACAAAAAAAAUGUCAUGUUCGGCAGAUCAACAGUUCUAACUAGCUGUGACAUCGAAGACGCGAUUCGUAGUGUCGUAGUACUUGACACUGGUCUUGGUCUUGAGACCGGGCUCGAGACAAUUUUUUUGCGGACUUGGUCUCAUCUCGAACUUGACCGUGCUUGGACUCGACCUUGUAUGCGCUUGGACCCGGUCUUGUCUCGGUCUUGAAGGCGCUUGGACUCAGUCUUGACUCUGUCUUGUAGGCGCUUGGACUCAGUCUUGACUCUGUCUUGUAGGCGCUUGGACUCAGUCUUGACUCUGUCUUGUAGGCGCUUGGACUCAGUCUUGACUCUGUCUUGUAGGCGCUUGGACUCAGUCUUGACUCUGUCUUGUAGGCGCUUGGACUCAGUCUUGACUCUGUCUUGUAGGCGCUUGGACUCAGUCUUGACUCUGUCUUGUAGGCGCUUGGACUCAGUCUU